GGAUAUCAAUCAUUUAUGGAGCAGUUAAACUUAAAUCAAAAUUCAACUCUAACAACAAUUGAAACGAAUUCUUCUUCAACAUUAGCCGAAAUAGUGCAACAAAAUGCUGCUGUUGCCACUAAUACGAAUAAGUUAACGACUUUAACAUCGGAUAAUCCACAACAGCAACAGGGUCAUAAAUUUCCGAAAAUCUCCUUUAGCGAUAACUCAAGUUCAAUAAUACAAUGCAUAUCGAACGAUAGAGCGACAUUUUUUGUUAAAAUCGAUUUCGAAGAGAAUGAAAGCGAUAUAACGCCUUUAAGAUUUGAAUGGAGUCGUGGCGAUGUUCCUAUUAAAAAUUCCGAUCGUUUUCGUAUAACGCAGACGAGCAAUGCUGUACAGUUGGCCAUUGAGCAUGUAACAACUGAAGAUGCCGGCCAUUACACGCUUUGUGCUCGUACGAAAGGUAACGAUGUCAUACGUAAGGAUGUAGAGCUAGUUAUUGAGGACAAAUCGACAGGUGAUGACCCGCCAAUAUUUUUAAGACGUUUGGUGGAUUUGUCGGUUAAAGUUGGAACGCGUACCAGACUAUUAGUUGAGAUACGUAGUUCGACAGACGUAAAGCUAACUUGGUAUCGUAAAUAUCGUCGUAUAUGUGAAAACGAUCGUGUUAAAGAAAUCAACGAGGGAAGCUUUCAUUAUUUGGAAAUAAGUCCGGUUAUUCUUGAAGAUGGUGGUCAAUGGAUGGUUCAUGCUGAGAAUUUAAAUGGUCGUAAUUCUUGCAUAUGCCAUUUAAAUAUUCUCGUACCGAAGGCUUAUAAAGUUCCCGAAUUUAUAGAGGAGUUGAAAGCUGUUUUAACACAACAGGGUACGGUGGCAUUAGAAUGCAAAGUGGUAGGUGUACCUACACCUCAGCUGAGAUGGUUUAAGGACUCGAAAGAGAUUAAGGCUGGUGAUAUAUUUGCUUUGACAGCCAACGCGGAUGAUCCUACCUCUUUGGGUACAUACACAUGCGAGGCCGUCAACUGCAUGGGCAAAACAUAUUCUAGUUCCAAAGUUCAUGUAGUUGGACGCGGUAGUCGAGAGGAUUCCUUGAAAUCGGCUGAUAGCUUACCUUCCGCGGGUCCGCCCCCGAUAUUUACAAGCGAAUUGCGAGAUACCAGCGUUAAAAUAGGCGACACUCUCAUUUUGGGAUGCCAAGUGGUUGUUCCCCCCUGGCCUAAGAACGUAGUUUGGUAUAAUAAGAAUGGCCGCGUUGACAUAGAUGAGCGUUACAAAUUGAUUGAAGAUGGCUUGGGCGUAUAUAUGGCAGAAGUUAAACCUUCAGCCUCUUGCGAUGAAGGGGAAUGGAAAUGCGUAGUCACCAAUGAUGAUGGGGCUGUCGGUAUAUCAACUUGCCUUGUAAACAUGGAAAUUCCCAAAAACUACCGUAAGCCACGGUUUAUGGAAACUUUACGUGCUGUAUUGACGGACGAAGGUUUAGUAUCCUUUGAGUGCAAAGUUGUCGGUUUUCCUGCUCCGAUUCUCAAAUGGUUUAAAGAUGGUCAAGAGCUGAAGCCUGGUGAUGUCUAUCAGUUAACUGGGACAAAUUCACUUGGAACGUAUUGCUGUAUAGCUAAAAAUUGCAUGGGUGAAACUAGCAGUAUGGCUGUCUUGACAAUAGAGGAUAUACAAAAUCAGCUUAGUGAAGAAGAACGUCUAGUGUUCGCCAACAAAAAUCAGCCACCAAAAUUUUUAUUAGGCUUGAAAAGUCAAGAGGCGAAAAUUAAUGAAGCGUUUCAGUUUACGGUUAAGAUUGAGGCAACACCAGAUCCUUUGUUAACUUGGUUUCGAGAUGAAUUGCCAAUACAAAGUAAUGAACGUUAUAAUCACUAUCGCGGAGAUAGACAAUAUUGGCAUUUGGACGUACGUUGUUUGGAAAUUGUUGACCAAGCCGAAUGGAAAUGCGUUGUGGUCAAUGAUUUUGGUACUUCCGUCACCUCUUGUUUUCUAAAAUUGCAAGUUCCUCGUCAUUAUAAAAAGCCUAGAUUUUUAGAAUGUUUACGAGCCGUGCUUACUGAAGAAGGUGCUGUUAACUUAGAAUGCAAAGUGAUAGGUGUGCCUCAGCCUGUUUUAAAGUGGUAUAAGGAUGGAGUAGAGUUAAAGCCAGGUGACAUCCACAAAAUCAUUUCGGGGCAAGAUGGUACCUGUUGCCUUGGCACUUACACAUGUGAAGCUCGCAAUUGCAUGGGUGUGAUGGCUAGUUCUGCUUCUUUAUUGGGCUUUGAAGAUGAUUACAGUAAACAGGAUUGUGGAAAACAGCACGAACUACAGCGUAACUUUUCAUUAUCCACUAUACAGGAAGAACGCACCUCCCAAUUAUAUGAAACUCCGGCCGGCGAUAUAACAAUUACUGAACGUGGGGAUGUAUCAUUUUCAUUAGAAGGUAAAGAAGUCUCUGUCUCACUUUAUGAGACCCCCGAUUUGACAGAAGAAGAAGCCUUGAAAAUUGUAGAGAUGUACGCCGAUCAAUUGUCGGAGCACGUAACCGAACAAAAUAUUGUCGAAUUACCUCCAUUGCGUUUUGUAAAAGAAACUGCACAAUCUGGCAAGCUGCUAAUGGAGGCUACGGUUAUUGACAUAUCUCCUGAAUAUUUUACUCAUGAAGAGGAUUUACGUACUGAAGCGGGCAUGUCUGAUAUUUCCAUAAAUGAAUUAACAGUCCAUGGUUUUUCAGCUCAGGAAUUGAACAACUUAGAUCGUGAAACUGAGGAUUAUGCCAAAAAAUCAUUUGAAAAAAUGGAAGAGGAGCUCUCAUUAACAACUCCGGAUAGAAAACGUAAGAAAUCUAAGGCCACUGAAACUGAAGAGUUCUUUAGUUUGUCGAAAGCAACCAUGUCGCCGAAUCAAAAUCACGAAGACGAAGAGGCGGAUGAUAGUUCGGAGUUGCAAACUUUUGCGAGCGCUCGAAUGGAAUUGGGUAAAGAAGAUGUGGGUGAGCAACCUUUAAAGAAAAAAAGCAGAAAGUCUGAUAGCGAUUCGUCGAAAACUAAUGAAACUGAAACAAAACUUAUAGAUAUUUCGGGCGCUGUUGGCGACGGCCUUAUGGUUUUGCCUGAUAAACUGGCAAAAAAAGUAAUUACUAAUGAACAGGAAAUUGCAGAUAAUGUUAGACGUUUGCUGCCUUUGGCUAAAAUGUUGAAAAUUUUGGAUGCUCACAUGUGCGCCGUGGAAGCAGAAGUGAUUUCGCAAUCGGUGAUGAUGAUGACAGCUUCCUCGGCUGAUCAAAGUAUAGCUAUUAUCAAGAACAUCGGAGAGCCUUUGCAACAAAUACAGAGUAAAUUGAAAGUGUAUUCAGGCGAAACUCCAAUAGAAUCAUUGUUUGAAACGAUGAAAGAGGACAUACGAUGUUUGCAUAUAGGACUGCAGGUCGUAGAGAAAUGUGUUGAGAUUGAUGAGCGAGGCACUACUCUUAUACAAAGAACUAGUGUGUGUAUAAUCGAUAGCUUAGCGGAUCAUAUAAUUAAAACUUUGGACGAACUGAAAACGAUAGCGAAUUCUUUUGAAGGGGACAGUUUAAAAUCGCAUCUACUUUUAACAACCGACGACAUACGGCAGGGUCUUGAAAUUACUAAAGGUACCAUAAAAUCGCAGGCUCUCUUGCAAGAGGCUCAAGAACUGGAAGCUAAUAAACACUUUACAGAAGCUGUGGCUAAACUGCAGGAACUUCCAGAGCCUUUGCCUUUUGAAAAAGUACCACAGGUUGAUUUACCUCCACAGGCUGAGUCUGUGAAAUUAAUAUGCCAGCCUGUGUGGGAAAUACAACAGGCCUUGGAAAAGGUGGAGAAUGAGUUAUCCUUGGAGGAAACCGAUGACGGCAUUUAUUGUAAAGUACAUCAAAAGAUUGUGGAUAAUUUUCUAGAACCUUUCCAGCAUUUGCAGCAAGUUUUGCAGGUGAUUGAGCAGCGAGCGGAAACCUUAACUGGUACUGAACAAAAAAUUAAUUUAGCUAUUUUGGAUAUUGUAACUCCACCGUUAUUUGAGUUGAAAAAAGGCUUAGAAGUGAUAAAUGCUCAGCCUUCCAACGAUGUUGAGGGCGGAAAGUUGACAGUUAAUACAGUGGAAUCCAUGGUACCGCCUUUGCAAGAAAUACAAAACGGCUUAGCUCAGUUAAGUCAAGAUGUACUAACCGGAGGUCAGGUAACAGAAGACUUGGCUUUGGAUUCAGAAGAGGUAAACAAACUCUUACAAUCCUUGGCUCAAGCUGUUCUCCACUUGGAGUCUAAUAUUGAGCAGAUACCCUGCAAAAUACCACAACAAAUUCCAGUUAAGUUAUUAACGCUUAAAGAGCAUAUUUCCACCCUUAUAGAGCAGAUUGUCACUCAAGGUGUCAAUAAGUUUCACAUUAUAUUGUUAGGAAACAUAAAAAGACCCAUCGAUGAAUUAAAUUAUUGUAUGCGGCAAAUUGAACAAAAAUCCAUAACGGGUUCGUUGGGUGAUUUAGUGGACCCUCUUCGAAGUUUGGAUGCCAAAAUUAAGCAAAGUAAAGACAUUCUUUGCAUACUCCCCGUUAACGCUCGAGACGAUUUAUUAGGUAUUUUACAUGAUGUUCAACAACUUCUCAAGACGAUCGAAAUCGACAUUGAUGAAUAUGAAUUUAGGAUGCAGCAAAAAGAAAUUGAGUCAGAGAGACAAGAAUCUGAUGCCGACCAGCUGCAAGAAACCAUGGAAUGGCGUUUUGUUCAGGAAAAGUACAGUAAACAAUUGCAAAAGUUGACGAAAAUUAUAAGAGAAGUAAGCAAACUCGAGUUUAUUGAUAAUAAGCUGAGAGCUGCAUUCAAUGAUUUAAUACCCCCUUGCGGAAAGAUAAUUGUUGAAUUGAGAAAUAUGCCUGAUUGUCAGGUAUUCGCGCAAAACAUUGUAAGGAGAACAGCCGAUAGUAUACAAAAAAUAAACGCUUGCCUGCUCCAGUUAGGCGAAACCACAAAUAAGUCGCAGUGUAAUAACUUGUUGAAUUCCGUAGUACGUAAUUAUUUCCAAGAACUUAAGUUGGCCAUAGAUCAAAGCGAAGACCAAACGGCAACAGUGCAAACUUUACAGUUGGCAGAAGCCUUUAAUAAUAUGCUAAAUAUUGUCGAAAAUAUAGUUCAACUAUGCGGAGAAGAUGCUAUCGACGAUUUAUCCACGUUGGAGGACGUUUCAGCUUUAAAAUCAAACGCGGAAUCUUUACCAGUUGAAAACUCUGUGACUUGGAAAACUGCGACCCUGGAGGAGAGACGAGUUCAAGCUGAACAAUUGCUAGGGCAGCUUAAGCAGGAUAUUGGUACAGUUUUAGCUCAUUGCAGCGAGUUCGACUUGGGCUGCGUGCAAACUGAAACUAUGCAAGAGGUAAAAGCUGCUGUUGAAAAAAUUCAUGAUUUUAAGGAAUGCUUGCAAAAUACUCUCUCAAUGAACGUAAUGGAGUAUUCGCCUACGGGAAGUGAUUUACGUACCAUGGCCGAGGCGGUAUAUAGUUUAGAAAGUUGUGCUUUGCAGAUACAUGAACAUCUGGAGCAGGGAAUUGUUACUGAUACGAGUGACUUGGAAGUAAACGAACUUCGAACGAUAGCAGAACCUUUGCAAGAAUUGGUUCAUGCUGUCAAAGUAUUUUACACUCAAGAAUUUGAUCAAGUUUCAAGCAUAGGCACGCUUACUCAAAUAUCUAUGACUAGCGCUAGUGUGAUGCAAAGUUUAAAGCCCUUCGUACUCUCAGUUCAUGAAAACCAUGCCAUAGAAACUUUAGAAUCAAUUGCAAAUCAGAUAAGUUUGACGCAUCUUAAACAAUUCGUUCAGCCUUUACGCGAGCUGGAGAAAGCACUAAUUAUGCAGGAAGACAAUACAUGCUUAUCACAAAUAGUGGCUCUGCCAGAGCAAAAGCAACAAGAUUUGAGAGCUUGGGCAAAGCCGCUUUUAUGCUUGAAAGGGUCAAUAGUUCAAGUAAAAGAAGAGCUUGCUUUGAGCACUUUAGAGGAAUGUCCGGAAUUCAAAGUUAUUGCCCAAAAAUCUCCGGUCCUAUUUAAUCUUUUGAAAUAUUGUGAAACUAUGAAUGCAGAUUUCUUGGAACAAUUUGAAGAAUUAUCAUCGGAAAAUCUCUCAAUAUUAAAAACAUAUGCCGAACCUCAAAUCGUACGAAGUAUUGACGAAAAGUUGAUAAUAAAAGAAAUGCCUCAAAUCGAAAUAUUCGAUAUGCGUAAGUGUGUGACAGAAAGCAUUCAGCUUUUAAGCAAAGCUUUAUUGAAGACCGCAGCUAUACAGACUGCAGAGGUUUAUGAAUUGAAUUUAAUUACAGAACGGCUUCUAACCGAUUUACAAACUCUGAGUAAACAAAAGGAGACGGAAUCUGUUGAAUUUAUUCAAUUACGAAAUUGUUUAGCGAAAACUAUGUUUAAGUUAAAGGAAUGUUUAGUACAUACAUACGAAGCAGAUGUCGAAGUUGCCGUGGAAGAUAUUGAGAAAAUAUUUGAAGAUCUUUUACAAGUUAUACCAAAUCUCGAAAAACAGUUGGCUUUAGAAAUGAAGGAGAAAAUUGCAUUAAGCUGUUCCGAAUUUAUUACUGUCAUUCAUCGAAGCGAAUAUGAAAGCUUGUUAUUGUUAGCCGAACCAAUAAGAAAUCUGCUCGACUCUUUGACUUUGCUCAAUGAUCAUAACGAAGUGGAUAUCGAAAAAUCAUCGCCGCUUUUUCAGAAAAUUCAAAUGCAGUUAGUUAGAAUUGUUCAAAUCAUUAACAAUGGUGACUGUCUAAUUGAAUUUUGUCAAGAUUUAAAACCUGCUUUACUAAAUUUGGCAAAUAACCUGAAUUCUAUUAAGGAUUUCCUAGAGAAGAAUGAUGGAAAUAUAAGGGUGAUUGAAUUAUUACAAGAGUUGGACUAUUUUGCCACGGAUCUUAAAGAAGUCUCUUGCAGUCUUGAGAACAAUAAUCGCAAAAAUUAUUUAAUACAGGAGACAUCAGCAACUAAAUCAUUCUUAAUGGCUUUAGAACAAGGGCUCACUGAAAAUAAUCCGUUGGUGCACAUCUUUCUAGAAAAGCAUUACGAGGACGUCCAACAAUUAGAAGCAGCUCUAAAAACUGUAGAAUGUGACAUCAUACCACGCGUUGAACGUUCUCAGAUGAUUUGGCUGGCAGAGGAGCUGGAGUCAAUUGAAGCCAUAGGAAAAUUACUGGAUAAUCUUCAAGAGAAUAUGAAGAUAUUAAGUCAGGAAUUGGUAGAACUUCCAAAAGACAAGGCGGUAUUUACAGCCGAGGUGGCUGAAGAGAUUUCCGAAACUAAACGCCAACCGCUUCCAGAGGCAGAAAGACAGGACACCGUCGAAUUUAUUAAGAUUCCUAUUGUGGAAGAAUGUGUUAAUUUUAUUUUUAAAGCUUUAAAGGAAGAUAAACACUUGCAAACUUUGGAAGCUGAUAUGCAAGAAGCUCUUAGCUCUAAAGAUGAUAAUCGCAGAACUGAAAGUAUUUUCCGUAUAAGAGAACACAUCGUCCAUACCUACGAUUCAAGUGUUAAUAAGCAUUUGGAAAAUUUAAUUGAUUCAUUGCUGGAAUGUAAUCCAAAUUUAUUGGAGUUAAUAAAUGCUCGGUAUUGUUUAGUUAUAAAGGAAAACAUCGAAUCAUUACAAGCCGAUAUUAAAGCCUUAGCCAACGAACCAUGCCAAUCAAAACUAUGCUCCGUGCACGAAAAAUUGCUCAGCCUAGCAGAGAUUUCCGAUCGUUUAAAACCUUAUAGAGACAUAGAAAAUUCAUCACAGAAAAUAGUUGAAUUGCAAAAAUAUUUAAUGGAGAUUUUCUGUACAUUUGACGAUUUGUUAGAAAUAUCCGACGAUGAUUUAACUCCUGCUAUCGAAAUUGUUAAGGCUUUGGCUUUACGUCAGUACGAUGAAAAUGAAAAAUCAAAAGCGGGUAUCAAAACCGCGAAGGUAUUUGAGGAUAUUCUUCAUUUAUGUGCUGAGCUAAAAGUGACUGUAGAGAAAGUCAAGGUAAAGCUUGCAGAUUCUGCCUCAAUUAGACAAAUACCUGAAGCUGCUGAAACGAAAUCAAAGGCUGCGGCUCCCGACUUGAAAGCAAGGGAAAUCGAAGAAAAGCAGUCUGAAGCCAUGAUAAAAAAAAUUGAUAAAAAAGAAACAGUAGCAAAGCCACUGAGACCAGAAGUCAGCGAAAUUAAAGCAGAAAAAGUUGAAAAAAAAGUGAUCGAUUCCACUGUAAAGACAAUCGAGAAGAAAAAGAUCGAAGAGAUGCAACUGAAAGCAGAGGUAUCCGAAGUCACGGCUGAAAAGAUUGAGAAACAAGAAGUAAGUGUUGACGCUAAAAAACUUGAGCAUAUGGCGGUUGAGGCAACGAAAAUUAAGGGUAAAGUUUCUGAGGUGAAAGCGGAGAAAAUCGAAGAGAAGCAGUCUGAAGCUGUGGUGAAAGAAGUUGAUAAAAAAGAAAUAGAAGCAAAAGAUCUGAAAGCGGAGAUCAGCGAAAUUAAAGCAGGAAGAGUUGAAGAGAAAAUGAUGGAUUCUACUGUAAAGACAAUCGAGCAGAAAAAAAUCGAAGAGAUGAAAUUGAAAGCGGAUGUGCCUGUAUUCACUCCUGAAAAGAUUAAGGAAGAAGAAGUCAGUGUUGAAAUUGAGGAGGUUGAGGCAACCAAAUCGAUGGCUAAAGUCUCUGGAGUGAAAGCAGAGAAACUCGAAGAGAAGCAGUCUGAAGCUAUAAUGAAAAAAAUUGAUAUAAAAGAAACAGAAGCAAAAGAGCUGAAAGCGGAAGUCAGCGAAAUUACAGCAGAAAAAGUUGAAAAGAAAGUGAUCGAUUCCGCUGUAAAGACAACCGAGCAGAAGAAGAUCGAAGAGAUGAAAUUGAAAGCGGAGGUAUCUGAAGUCACGCCUGAAAAGAUUGAGAAACAAGAAGUAAGUGUUGACACUAAGAAACUUGAGUAUAUGGAAGUUGAGGCAACAAAAUCGAUGGCUAAAGUUUCUGAGGUGAGAGUGGAGAAAAUCGAAGAAAAGCAGUCUGAAGCCGUGAUGAAAAAAUUUGAUAAAAAAGAAACAGAAGCAAAAGAACUGAAAGCGGAAGUGAGCGAAAUUACAGCAGAAAAAGUUGAAAAGAAAGUGAUCGAUUCCGCUGUAAAGACAACCGAGCAGAAGAAGAUCGAAGAGACGAAAUUGAAAGCGGAGGUAUCUGAAGUCACGCCUGAAAAGAUUGAGAAACAAGAAGUAAGUGUUGACACUAAGACACUUGAGCUUAUGGAAGUUGAGGCAACCAAAUCGAUGGCUAAAGUUUCUGAGGUGAGAGUGGAGAAAAUCGUAGAAAAGCAGUCUGAAGCCGUGAUGAAAAAAUUUGAUAAAAAAGAAACAGAAGCAAAAGAACUGAAAGCGGAAGUGAGCGAAAUUACAGCAGAAAAAGUUGAAAAGAAAGUGAUCAAUUCCGCUGUAAAGACAACCGGGCAGAAGAAGAUUGAAGAGAUGAAAUUGAAAGCGGAGGUAUCUGAAGUCACGCCUGAAAAGAUUGAGAAACAAGAAGUAAGUGUUGACGCUAAGAAACUUGAGUAUAUGGAAGUUGAGGCAACAAAAUCGAUGGCUAAAGUUUCUGAGUUGAAAGUGGAGAAAAUCGAAGCGACGCAGCCUGAAACUAUAAUGAAAAAAAUUGAUAUAAAAGAAACAGAAGCAAAAGAACUGAAAGCGGAAGUGAGCGAAAUUACAGCAGAAAAAGUUGAAAAGAAAGUGAUCGAUUCCACUGUAAAGACAAUCGCGCAGAAGAAGAUCGAAGAGAUGAAAUUGAAAGCGGAGGUAUCCGAAGUCACGCCUGAAAAGAUUGAGAAACAAGAAGUUAGUGUUGACAUUAAGAAAGUUAGACAUAUGGCGGUUGAGGCAACCGAAGUGAAGGGUAAAGCCACUGAGGUGAAAGCGGAGAAAAUCGAGGAGAAGCAGUCUGAAGUUGUGGUGAAAGAAGUUGAUAAAAAAGAAAUAAAAGCAAAAGAACUGAACAGCGAAAUUAAAGCAGAUAAGGUUGAAGGAAAAAUGAGCGAAUCCACUGUAAAGACAUUCGAGCUGGAAAACCUCAAAGAGAUGAAAUUGAAAGCGGAAGUAUUUGAAAUCGUACCUGAGAAGAAUAAGGAAGAGGGAGUCAGUGUGGAAGCUAAGAAGGUUGAGCAUACGAGGGUUGAAGCAAUCAAUUCAGAGGCUAAAGUCCGUCAAGUGGAAGAAGAAAAUAUCGAAGAGAAGCAGUUGGAAAAAGUUAAAGGGAAUAAGUACAAGGAAAACAAAGAAAUGCGUAAUGCCAAGAGACCACCGAGAGUUGACGUGAAACUUACAAAUCGUAAUUCGUCGGUUGGAAGCGACAUAAAGUUGACUUGCAGCAUUUUAGGCAAUGAUUUGCAAAUUCUCUGGUUCAAGGAGAACAAGCGGCUCGAAAAUAAUUCGAAAUACAAAAUUUUAUUUAUGGACGGUUUGUCGUGUCUUGAAAUUAAAUCAGCUGAUUGUAAUGAUGCAGCAGUAUACAGGUGUGUGGCCAACAAUCGGAACGGUGAAGUUGAAACAAGUUGCCUCGUGACAAUAUAUGAUGUACCUACCAACAAAUUUGGCACACCGCCAAUUUUCACUCGUAAUAUAAGAGAGAAAUUUUUUACUAUGGGUGAAACAGAGGGUGAAACGACAGCAGCUGAUGCUCCUUCGGAGGAUCGGGAAUCUGUUCCGCCUCAGGAUACCCUGCAGGUGCCUACUCAAAAACGCAGAAAAUUAAAAUCUCCCACGCCUUUGCGCGGACGCAGCGCUACUCCAAUACACGGUCGUAGCCAAACUCCUUUUAGUCUUUAUAUGAUAAGGCGUAGUGCUACUCCUUCAACAUGGCGGAGUAUCACACCGUUUUUGAAACGCGAAGAAAAGGAGAAAACUCCUUUCGAGCUGGGUCGCGACAUAUUGACCCAGAUUACUUGCAAUAAGGCAGUUUUUGAUCGCGCUUUAAUUAUGGAUAUAUCUGAACCUGAAGAAACGCAAAAGCCCGUGCGUUACAUAACUUCUGAUAUGUCAGUUAUUGAUCGUGCGGCCGUUAUGGACGUGUCUAAUGUUGAAGUUAUCUACGUGGUGGAAGAAUACGAAGAAUACGAAGAGGAAGAAGAAGUAAAAGAAGAAGUAAAGCCUAAGAAAAAGGGUAAAGGCAAAAAGGGACGUGUUGGACGUAAAUCUGCCGAUAAAGAGCAAAGUCCUGGGGGAGGCGGAGAAGGCGAAACUGGCGAGGGGGGUGAUGAAGGUAGUCGUGAGAGAUCUGAAGAUCGCGAAGAAAGCGCUGAUUUCGACGAAUUCGACGAACCAAGCAAAAAGGGAAAAAAGAAGGGUGGUGCAAAGAAAAAGGAGAAGAAGGAAAAGUCUCCCAGCCCAAAGCUGACCUUGAAACUGGAAAUAGGAGGUGGUCAAAAGGCAAGCAAAAAAAUGUUUGAAGACAAAGACAAGCAAAGUCAGGAUCAGAAGGCAACUGCGAAACCACCCCCAAAGAAAAGCAAGCUUGUUCUGCAAAUGGAAGAACAAGCUAAAGCUGCGGCAAAAGCUGCUGAAGACGCAGCUAAACAAACAUCGAAACCUAAAAGCGAGACUUUCGAGGAAAGACAGAAGCGUCUUAAAGCCGAAAAAGAGGAGCAAGAACGUUUAGAAGCUGAACAAAGGGCACUAGAAGAAGAGCUGCGCGCACAGCAGGAGGCGGAAUUAGCCGAAGACGACGAAGAAGAAGGUGGCGAAGAGGGUGAUAGUGAUGCUGAGGGUGAAUAUGCCAGUUCCCGGUAUGAAGAAGACGGUGGUGAAUCGAGAUACGAUUCAUCACGUUAUGAAGACGAAGAAGCCGAAGAAGCUGAUGAGGUUGGAGAUUUGCCAGGCGAUGCUCGACGUGGUAGUGACGAAUCGGAAGGCUUCACAAGACCAGAUCCUUAUGAUGAAGAGCGUUGGCAACAAAUCGCUGAAGAGGAAGGCGAGGAAUUCAUGCAACAAUUGCGUAAAUACAGUCUAGCCAUACGAAAAAGUGAAAAACAACGCGACGAAGAAUGGCAAAGAAGACGUGAACAACUACGCUUACCCCAUUUUGUUGUGUUUCUAUCUGAUCGCACUGUGGAAGCGGGUCAAAAAGUGCGUUUGACAUGUGCCAUAGGUGGACCGGAAUUAUCGGUGAAAUGGUUCAAGGAUGGGCGCCAAUUAGAACGUGACGCCACUCAUCGCAUUAUCAACAACAAUAACAUUAUAAUAUUAGAGGUGAUAAAUACUACGAUAUUAGAUUCUGGGGAGUAUUCCUGUGUCAUUGCAAAUAUGAACGACGAAGUUACCUCAUCUUGUUUCGUAACUAUUUACGAAGUUUUUAAAGACGAGCCCGCACCGCCCACCUUUAAACUAGUUAAAGAAUAUUACCACUUACGUGACGACGAACUAACUAUUGAAAUGCAUAUCCAUGGUGUACCACGACCGGUGGUUACAUGGUGGAGGGGUUCCUUUGAAGUGAAGCCUAAUUUUAAAUUUACGAGACUGGAGGAGGCUCAUGGCGUAUAUAAACUGCUCAUUUAUAAACCUAAUAACCGUGACAGCGGUACUUACACUUGCAAGGCUAUUAACUCAUGCGGAGAGGCCCAAAUGCGACACACUAUUGAGGUGGCGAAAAAUUUGAACUAUCAUGUUCACGGUAUAUUCCAUGCUCGGGACCGUCUGCAGCAAGAUAAGGAGAAAACCGCCAAAAAAGCUAUGGAGGAAGCCAUGAAAUCCAAAGAAGCAUCGGAUAAAAAGCGCGCAGUGGUCGAAGUAGCCCCACGUGCAGCUCGUAGCUCGCCAGAGCCUUUAGUAUCGCCUAAGCAGAAACUCAAAUUUGCGACACAGCUGCGCGAUCGCAUGUCGUUGGAAGGAAGCACUGUUAAGUUUAUUUGCAAUGUGAUCGGUCCAAAUCCAACAUGUCGGUGGAUGAAAGAUGACAAUGCAGUUAAGUUCAGCGAAAAUGUGAAAAAUUUCUCAGAGGAAGGAAAGCCAAUACUCGAACUAAGAAAUGUCACUGCGGAUUCGUCGGGCGUUUAUAAGUGCAUUGCCAAAAAUGAUUACAGUGAAAUUGAAACAUCUUGCUAUUUCAAGGUAUACGCUGCGCAAGCUGAAGGCGAUGAGAGUGAACCUAUUUUCGCACUACCACUUAGAGAUGUUUAUCAUUCGUCCCAAAACGAUUUGGUACUUGAUACAAAAGUACGCGGCAAUCCACGACCGAGCAUUACUUGGUUAAAAGAUCGUGUACCAGUCGUGCUUGAUGGUCGUAUUGUACAAAUUGAACAUUUGGACGGUAUAUGUGAGUUGAUCAUUAAUAAGCCCACACCUAGUGACAACGGUACUUACAUUUGUGUCGCUCAAAACAAAUUGGGGACACAAGAAGCACAACAUUCUGUUGUAGUCGAUGUAGUGCAAACAUCAAGGCGUUCUAGCACUCAAUCGGCAAUAAUGAGUGAUUCAAGCGAUAGCAAAAGCAAAGGUGAAAGGCCGUCGAAAGUGCCGAAGGGCAAAAAAAAAGAGGAUGAAGGCGAGGCGGUCGCUUAUGAACGACGCAGCAAAAUGCCGGAAGUCAAUCCGAAACAACAACUUUAUUUUAACGCCAUCGUGUCGAAUCGCUAUGUUACCGAGGGUUCUAAAGUUAAAUUGCAAGCAGUUGUGAUGGGCCCGAAUCCUGCGAUGAAAUGGAUGAAAGAUGAUCAAAAUGUCACAUAUGGACCGCGUAUACGUAAUAUGAGCAGAGAUUGUUUGGCAUCGCUUGAAUUUGUCAAGGCAUUGCCAGAGGACUCUGGCCUAUACACUCUUGUUGCACAAAAUGAGUUCUGCAAGAUAUCUACAUCGGCCAAGCUGUUGGUCUAUUCCACAAAUGUCAGUGCGGAAGUGGAGCCCGUAUUUACAAGACCUCUUCGAGAUACAUAUCAUUUGAAUACCAAUGAGCUCAUUUUGGAGACAGGUGUACGUGGGCAACCGGCGCCUAAAGUUCAAUGGUUUAAGGACAGUGUUGAAAUCGAAAAAAGCGAAAGAUUUCAUAUCUUUAACCAUUCGGAUGGCACUUGUGAAUUGGUUAUUGACUAUCCCUCGAAUAAGGACUCUGGAAAAUAUACAGUAAAAGCUGAGAGUAGCGCUGGAAAGGCUGAAAUCACACAUUUAGUGACGUUCGCCGGGAAAGAUCAUCACAUCGCUGAUAAUAUACAUGGUGUAUUCCAUGCUGAUAAGAAUUUAUUGAAAGCAAAACUGGCGGAGCUGGAGUUACCGAAGGAGCAAAAGCAUCCAGAAGUAAGCGAAUCCGAAGGAGAGGAAGGUAAAGGUAAAGGUAAAAGCAAGGGUAAAGCCCGAGCUAAGAAAGACGAAGAGGAGGAAGUGGCUCUCCCCACUGCAGAUACCCCAACGUCCGAUACGCUAAAAAAACGGGAGAAGGUUAUCGGUAUUCAUUUCCCGACGACUGUGAAAGAUCGUGUAGUGGCAGAAGGUUCAAAAGUUAAAAUAUCUUGCUUCUUGGCAGCUAAAGAACCUCAAGUCAAAUGGUUCAAGAAUGAGGAGCAAAUACAAAACAGUGCUAAAAUCCGAGGUCGCUACGUAGAAGGCUUGUGUACUUUAGAGAUAACGAGCGCCACCGAAGAGGAUAGCGGCGAAUAUAAAUGUUGGGCACGUGAUGAGACUGGAGAGGCUUCAACCUUCUGCCGCCUCAAGGUAUAUGCUGACCCUGGUAGCGCCGAUGUUCCGCCAACGUUUACGCGGAACAUUAAGGAGACGUAUCACCCGAAAAUAAACGAAUUACAAUUAGAGUGCCACGUCCGUGGUUCUCCGACUGCUACUGUCACCUGGGUGAAAGACGGCGUUAAAAUCGAACAAAGCGAUAAAUAUCAACAGAUCGACCACAAUGAUGGAAAAUGCGAAUUAGUUGUAUCGGAGCCUGUCCAAGCAGAUAGCGGCAAGUACGUAUGUCAAGCAGAAAAUCGAGCUGGUAAAGCAGAAAUCACACACAAAGUGACUGUAGAAGCAAGACGUGUGAGGGCGCCGUCACCACGGAAAGAAGGAGUAGUUGGGUACAAGUCGUCCGCUGAAGAAACUGACGAGGAAGAGAAAGAGAAGAAAAAAGCUAAAAAGAAGAAAGAUGACGAAGAGGAGGGAGGUGGACGAAGGCGUGAGGUACUACCACCUCCUGAUAUGAAGAAACGUGUAUAUUUAAGAAACUUCCUAUCCAAUCGCACUGUUAAAGAAGGCAGUAAUGUUAAAUGGGUGGUGAAUAUUGAUGGCCCGGAACCAACCGCCCGUUGGUUCCACGGCGAAAAUCCCAUCGCUUUCGGACCGAAGAGCAAAAUGAAUCUGCAAGAUGGAAUUGCUUGGCUGCAGUUAGUUAAGGUAACUGAAGAAGACAGUGGCGAAUAUUUGGUUAAAGUAAAAGGUCCUGAAAAUGAAGUUGUCAGCACGUGCAACUUGUUCGUUUAUAGUACUGGUAAAGAAGAAUUAGUUGCACCCGUAUUCACGGUGGGCAUUAAAGAUAAUUAUUCUCUUAACGAUAACGAAUUAGUAUUGGAUUGUCGUGUACGUGGCAAACCCCGUCCAGAAAUACAAUGGAUGAAGGGUACGGAUUACAUAAUACCGGGUGAAAAAUACACUCAAGUUAAUGAAGACGAUGGUUAUACGAAAAUAAUUGUACACAAUCCGACCGAAAAGGAUUCGGGUUUAUAUGCCUGCGUGGCACGUAAUGAAGCAGGUGAAAAUAAGUUAACGCAUCAUGUGGAAUUUGUUGGACGUGAACGUUUCACUUUGCAAAAAACGCAUGGUUUCUUCCAUCGCGACCCGAACAAACCGCAUUUGGUAUGUCCUUUGGGUGAUCAAACAGUACACAAGGGUGGUACUAUUGCUAUUAGCGCGGAAUUCAUGCAAACACAAUCACCUAUCGAUGUACAAUGGCUUCUUAAUCGUCAAGCAUUAUCUGGCCAUCCAAAUGUUAAGACCUUCCAUGAUCAUGGGAUUUAUACACUUGCUAUUAUCGAUGCCACGCCGGAAUGUGAAGGCACUUACACGUGUAAAGCUCAAAAUGCUUUCGGUCGUAUAGAAUCGCAUGCUCAUGUUGAUAUAUCUCAAGGUGCCACCAAAGAGGAACGUCCACCCUUGUUCUUAUCACGUCCAGAAAACGAAAUGAAAAUUGCUGUCGGCGAUCCUUUCUCGAUUUCCUUCCGCAUUGCUGGAGACCCGAAACCCAAACUGUCUUUCUUGAAAGGUACCAAAGAUAUAACAAAGUCCGAUCGAGUAAGCAAAGAAGUUUCAGAUGACUAUACAAGGUUUACUGUGCAAAAGUCACAGAUUAGCGACUCCGGCACUUACUUUGUAGUGGCACGCAACGAUAAUGGCACCGAUCGGCUAUUUGUGACAAUCGAAGUGCGACCCAGAGCACGUUCCGAAACGCCAACAUUACCACGUUGGGGUCAACCUCUUGAAAGUUUUCCCGAUGUUUCCUAUUUUAAAGAUCCGCCAUCUGCCAUAUCCACCGAACCUUUGCUAAUUGAUUCGGGUCCUACUCAUAUCAGCUUAUCUUGGGGUAAACCACCUUCAAAUAACUCAGCUCCUGUUAUAGCUUAUCGAGUGGAUACAUGGGCUGCGGGUCACGAUGGUGGUGCUAUAUGGAAAGAAUUGGGCUUAACGCCGAUCAACUCUUUUGAUGCCUUUAAUCUUAAGCCUAAUGUUCAAUAUCAUUUUCGUGUUACCCCAAAGAACCGGUAUGGCUGGGGUCCAGCCGUCCAAACUUCGUCUCCGUUGCAAGUUGGCGGCGUUGAGUGUCUACCCGAAUUUACAAAAAUUUUACCCGGCCAAGUUAAAGCAUUGUUGCAUGGCCUUUUCACUUUGGAAUGCGUAGUGCACGGUAGCCCGCGUCCUGACGUCAUUUGGUAUAAGGAUGGUUUGCGUUUAGGACUACACGCUGAUGUAGAUCGUGUGAAAACUCGUAAAUUGGGAUCUAGCUGUUGUUUGAUCAUUAAGAAUGUUUACGAGAGCGAUAGUGGUCGCUACACUUGUGAAGCUACCAAUAUAAAAGGACGUGUAGCGACUUUUGCCCGUUUGCAAGUAGUCACGGAUCCGAAAUUAUAUGAAGCCGAUCAUCAGCUUAAAGAAAUUGUCUACAAUAGCAAUAACAUUGGCUCGGCAGGUGAUACUCUGCCUAUAUUUACAAUGCGUCUGAGAGAUCGACGUGUUCAAGUUACAUAUCCAGUGCGUCUCACCUGCCAAGUGAUGGGUUAUCCUAAACCAGAUAUAUCUUGGUUUAAAGACGAUCGACCUCUUGUAUCGACUAGACAUUGUUUAAUUACGGCCGACUAUCAAUUCUAUACAUUGGAAUUGGCCAGCACAUCGCUAAGUGACAGUGGUAUUUACACUUGUACCGCUAAAAAUGAAUUGGGUUCUGUGUCUUGUCAUUGCUCCUUAGUAGUAGACAAAGGCAUACGCGCAUACAUUUCACCUGAAUUUUGUAUGCAUCUCGAUCCUACAUAUAUAUUUCAAGAAGGUCAAGAGAUACGUUUAACAGCCAAAGUUGAAGCGUACCCUGCGGUUGGUGUAGCCUGGCACCGUAAUGGAGUGAAAUUAAGACCCAAUCGACGCUUAAGAGUAGCAUUGGAUUGUAGUGGUUUUGUUGAGCUAACAAUAACCGACGCUACAGUAUCUGAUGGUGGCAUGUAUAGUUGUUUAGCCUCGAAUGCCGUCGGUAAAGCGGAAAGUCUUUGUCGCGUUUGCAUAGAGCCAAAGGAAAUGGAUGAUGUGACAAAGCGACAGCAAGUGAAUUCCCAAAGUAAUGUACCUGUCAUAAGGACAAGUGAUAUGCCCUACUCGGAGGAACCAUUGUUUGUUGUUAAGCCACGGUCGAGUGAAGCUUAUGAAGGCGAUACGGUUAUUAUAUGCUGCGAAGUGGUUGGUGAUCCAAAGCCAGAAGUCGUAUGGCUUAGGGAUUUCUUAAAACCUGAAUAUUACAAAGACGCCCCACAUUUUAGACGAAUUGGCGAGGGUCCGGAAUACCGUUUGGAAAUACCGUAUGCUAAAUUAGAUUUUACCGGAACGUAUUCGAUAAUUGCGACUAACUGUCGUGGCGAAGCGAAGGCCAUAAUAUCAUUGCAAAUCUAUGCGAAAGAUAUUCUUAAGCAAAAAUCAAUGGAGAAAGGGUCUAUACGACAUGGAAACGUAGAAACAUUGCCACGAUUUAUUCGGCAGUUGAGACCAUUGCGAUGUUGCGAUGGCGAUGCCGUUACCUUGGAAGCUCACGUUGAAGGUUUGCCGGAGCCAGUAAUUAUUUGGGAAAAAGACGGACGUGUAAUACCUAGUGGUAAAGACUUCGACAUAACAUACGAUGGUAUCAAGGCAACACUUAGCAUACCAAGGGUGUAUCCGGAAGAUGAAGGCGAAUAUACCUGUGUGGCAAAGAAUGUUAUUGGUCGGUCUUUGUCCUCGGCUUGUAUAAUUGUCGAUGUUCCUGAGGAGAAGGAGAAUAUGUUGCAAAGUCAACUUUCGCGACCUUCUGGACUUUUGUCGGCAACCUCAACACCACUCUCUACACCACGUUCUACACCGAACAGAAGUUUUUCUCCACAGCGCCGUUUUUCACAUCGCCACAGUUUAAGUGAAUUUACUGCUACGCGUAGUGAAGAACAGAUCUUAGCGGCACCUAAGUUUUUAGCCAUACCUCAUAAUCGUGUAGUGGAGGAAGGCGAAAGCGUACGUUUUCAGUGUGCCAUACACGGACAUCCUCAACCGUGGUCUACUUGGGAUAAGGAUGGCAUGAUUGUUACUCCAACUGCGCGUAUAGCUAUCAAAGAACUCGAUGAUUUACGUUUUCUGGAAGUAGAUGAAGUUGGCUAUGCUGACGCUGGCCUUUAUCGCGUCACCUUGGAAAAUGAUUAUGGCCGUAUUGAGGCCACAGCGCGUUUAGAUGUCAUUACGAGAUCGCGUUAUUCAAGAUCGUCGUCGUCUAGAAGUGUGAGAGCUUCCUCGUCGAGACGCAAUGCUUACUUGCAUCGCCGUUUAAUGGGACCCUCUACCGCCAUUGGUGGAAGAAUGGCUUUGGCAGCAAGUUUCCGUGGUUUUUCGGUACCUUCCUGCAAAUUUUAUCACAACGGCUUAGAGUUGCAGAAAAACGACAAGACGCUCACAGUGUUUAAUGAUCAAGAAGCUAAAAUUAUAGUCGAUAAUGUUAACGAGGAUAUGGAAGGUAUUUAUACGUGUUUAAUUCAGGGACAACAACACGGACUCAUUGCCACCUCCACUGUGGUGCAUUUUCAUCGAAUGACAAGCUCACGCAUCGAAAUACCCGAAAUCAUCAAACCUUUACCGGAGAUGAUUAAAUGCAAGGAAGGCGAUACGAUAGACCUGAGUUUUCAAAUGAAUUGUCAACAUCCUUACACUUACAUAUGGACAAGGAAAAAUAAAACUUGGCAUGGUGAAGCGAUAUCAGAAUCACAAGAUUUUAAUUACAUUGAUCAUGGUAACGGUGUCUUAUGCCUACGCAUCUACGACGCUUUUGCCAUCGAUUCCGGGAUAUACACCUGCGACGUUAUUACCUCUGAAGGUUAUAAAUGCUCUACGUGUACUGCUUUACACAUCGAAACCGUAAACACUCAGUCUACGCUCAACGAUUUAAUUGUUUUGAAAUCACCUUUGCCUGUAUUGGCGAGAAUUGACGAUAAUGUAACAUUUUGUGCCAGGGUCUACCCAACAACUGCAGCAGUUACAUGGUUUGUCAGUGGCUACAGGAUUGAAGAUGACGGCGCAGAUGAAUUCACUUUGGAAUCUUCCGAAGCAGAUGGUGUUCGUAUGCUACAUAUAAACAAUGUUAACUUAAAUCAUAGUGGUGAAGUUCAAUUAAGUGUUAAUCAACCGGGCAAAUCUACAACAUUAACAACAACCACAACAUCUUCCACAUCAUCUUCAUCAUCAUUUUCGUCAACGUCGGCAGUCGCCGCUUCAACAUUGAAAGUUUAUACUAGUCUAGCGGUGUUGCCGCGAUCGAGCAAUUUUUUCGAUAACCAUUCGGGCUCAACCUUAGUUGAAACCCAACUAACGACGACAACAAGUAGCAGCAACAAUAGUAAAGGAGAUAUAAUUCGACAACCGCCAUAUGUGUUAGAAGGACCUAAUGAUUGUACGGCUUUAAUUGGUGGUUGUGUACGUUUAUCGGCGAUAUUUGAAGGUGUUCCGAAACCACAAAUUGCUUGGUUUAAAGCGAGUCGCCCGAUAGUCGAAACUUCAAAUAUUAUAAUUAAUACAUCAGCACGUAAAUCUGUGCUACAAAUUUCUGAUAUUGCGGCCGAUGAUAGCGGUAAAUAUAUCGUUCAAGUGAUGAACGAGUAUGGCAGCGAUGUAGCUGUGGCCUCAGUGGCUGUGGAGGGCCCACCGGAACCGCCUAGCGGUAAGCCGAGUAUAUCACAAGGACCCGAUCGCGUCGCUAUAGCCUGGUGUGGUCCGCCUUUUGAUGGAGGUUGCAUGAUUACCGGUUUCAUCAUCGAGAUGCAAGAGUUGAAUGAUGUAAAUAAGGAAGACGAAAGAAACUGGCAAGAAAUCGCUAGUGUUGUGGACUCUUUGGCUUAUACUGUUAAAAAUCUGAAACCAGGAUGCACAUAUCGUUUUCGUGUCCGAGCUGAAAAUGUACAUGGUCGAAGUGAACCAAGCAUGGCCAGUGAACCGGUACAAAUUUUUGAAAAAAGGGAGGAAAGGAACGAAGAAUUACAAAAUCCGAUUUAUAUCAAAUCUGGUGGUGAAUUUAAAGAACGUUUUGAUAUAAUUGAAGAACUAGGUAAAGGGCGUUUCGGUGUUGUUUAUAAAGUUCAGGAGAAAGAAGAACCGAGAAGAAUUUUAGCUGCGAAAGUUAUAAAAUGCAUUAAAUCACGUGACCGAGUUAAGAUACAAGAAGAGAUAUCUAUAAUGAAAUCUCUGAAACAUCCUAAACUUUUACAAUUGGCCGCUUCAUUCGAAAGUAAUCGAGAAAUUGUAAUGGUCAUGGAAUACAUUACUGGCGGUGAAUUAUUUGAACGUGUAGUGGCCGAUGAUUUCACAUUAACUGAACGUGAUUGUAUACUAUUUGUUCGGCAAGUGUGCGAGGGAGUGGCUUAUAUGCAUAGUCAAUCUAUAGUACAUUUGGAUUUGAAACCGGAAAAUAUUAUGUGUAAAACGCGUACUUGUCAUCAAAUAAAAAUUAUAGACUUUGGUUUAGCUCAACGUUUAAAUGCAAGCACACCGAUCCGUGUCCUAUUCGGUACACCAGAAUUUAUACCGCCCGAAAUUAUCAGCUAUGAACCCAUCGGCUUUCAAACAGAUAUGUGGAGUGUUGGAGUUAUAUGUUAUGUAUUGCUUUCCGGUCUUUCACCUUUUAUGGGUGAUAGUGAUGUAGAAACCUUUGCGAACAUUACACGGGCAGAUUACGACUUCGAUGAUGAAGCUUUUGAUUGUGUAUCACAGCAAGCGAAAGACUUCAUUUCAAAUUUGUUAGUACACCGCAAGGAAGAUCGUUGGUCGGCCGAAGAGUGUCUCGAAUCUCCGUGGCUUAAACCGGGUCGUUACGAUGAAAACUUAGCCACGACCAAAAUUUGCACCGACAAAUUAAAGAAAUUCAUUAUAAGACGAAAAUGGCAGAAAACUGGUAAUGCUAUACGAGCUUUGGGACGCUUGGCCACUUUAUCCGCUUCUCGCCGCAAUUCCACAGCAUCUAACCCCAGUUCAUUGCCAUGCAGCCCCCGACCCUCCAUAUCGGGCAUUUCAUUGUUUAAUCCCAACAUCUCCGUCCAAAUGAGUUCAUUGCAUGAAGAAGAGGAUAACUUUAGUAUUGAGUUGCCCCCACACGAAGUCCUCAAGCGGCCAGUGACAAGUGGGGCCAGCUUUAAAAUCUAUAAAGCCCGCGAUAAAUCUCAAUGCAGCGAACGCAGCGAUUCUGGUUAUAGUGAAUGCUCAAAUUGCAGUGCAGCCGGUAGCAUUCAGUGCCAUUGUUCUUUCAAAGAAUACGAAACGAAAGAUUUUGUGGAUCAUCCGCCAAAGGAUGUCAAUUUAUUAACACAUGACUUGCUAAAAAAAAAACUUGAAGAAAUAGCUCAUCAAAGCGAAGCUCAAAGAGAACGUUAUCCAGAAUCAGUUAAAGAAUUGGAGAAAAGUCACAUUUUUGUGACAAACGCAGCCGAGAAUAUAGUCAAAGAUGCUCAAAAUAUGGUCAAACAUGACUUUGUUAAGAGAGAGCUAAGCCCUACUGGUGCAAGCGCGACGACAACAACACCCAUAAUGCUGUCCGACUUUACUAAUACCGUUAAAAUGCGUAAGAAGUCGUUGGAGAACAAUGCACACAAAGAGAAACCUAAGGCUGCGAAAGCCAAUGUCUACGAUACACCCGGUAAGGUUAGCAUGCUAAAGUCUAAAUUUAGCGAUUUGAUACGGCAGGAACAAGUGAGUAAUAAUGCUACAACUACGCCCAUUUCCUCCAACAAACACAGCAAAGAUUGCAUGGAUUUCUUAAAGCUUAAACGUCAAGAUUACAUUGAUGCUUGUCAUGAUAAAACAAGCUCUUCAUCAUCCACUCUUAACUCAAGCGGUCAACAAACUCAACAAUCUAUCUCUUUGCCAAAUACUCCCCUAUCAACACGCAAGGUACGCAGCAACAACAAAAGCUCAUGCUACACAGCGCAACACAGUCCGAUCGCCACAGGAAAUGUGCCUACUUUCCGGUUAAGUGAACGCGUUAGAGAAGUAACCGAUCGUUUAGCCCAACAACAAACAAUAUGCACAGAAGCCAGACGCAAUAACAGCACCUCGCCGGCAAUUCAUCAUCAUCAUCAGCAAUAUCAGCAGCAACGUAAAGACCAGAAAAAUUCCCCGCCCGUAACGAAUCGAAAAAAAUUUAUAGCUACCUAAAAUUUAAAAAUUUAC